UGUCAUGAUAGAGCACUACCGUAAAAAGUAUGCUCAAGGUCGUCCUCCAUCUUACUGUGCUUCUCGUGUCUUUCCAUCAUAACGACGUCACUUCGUACCUCACCACGGAUUGACUAUGGACUUGUCCGGUGACGGUACUUAGGGGUUGAAAAGGCCAGCCUAGCCCAGCUCCAUGCCAUAAAACGAGGCUUACUUGCUCGAAAAGAAUCUACUUUCUACACAUCGAUUCUCUCAACUUCGAAGCAUCGAAGCAUCCUACUUGAAGUUACAUCUUGUCUCUACUACACUGAAGCCACCAACUACCUAUCUCCAAAAUGACAACCUUGAACUAUCUCCCUUCAGUCAAGCCCUCCGCAAUUGCGGCAGGUGCUCUUUUCACCCACACUGCUUCCCUCGGCAUUCUCGCGCCCGUAUUCGGCGAUACCUAUCAUCGUGCCCAAGCAGCCAAUUCCAAGGAAGAGUUCCUCAAAUCUAAAGAGGCUGCUGGUGCAGUAGCAGCCUGGGGUACCUCCUUGGUUGGAAGCUCUGUCCAAACGUAUGGAGUAGCAGCUCUGAUCAACGCCACGGGUACUUUGAGCUACAAGGGAGCGGCUUAUCUUGGGAGCUUGAUCUUCAUGGCCAGCGCAGCCCCCGGUGUUGUGAGCCAGGUCUUUGCCGAAAAGAGACCCCUUGACACUGUUGCCGUAGGUGCAGUCAGUAGGUUGUUUGAAACAGUGGGACUCAGCCUCUUCCUUACUUGGUGGGGUACCCGCACGAAUCCAUUUUCUAGCAGCUAUUAA